AUGAGUUUUUACAGAAGUAGGAAUAGGGGUAGAGGAGCUAAUGAUGUUAAGGGUCCAAGUUCUGCCCUAACUCAGUUUCUAAGAGAUGAAGGUAUCAAUGCUCAAGAGAUUAGAACACGUUGGGAGAAACAACAGGCUGAAAAACAAGAAUUAGAAGAAUCGAAUUCUGUCGAACAAAGUGUGGAACCAAGUCCCCAUACUGAGACUAAGGCUUUAUCAGAUAGUGACUCUUCAGAGACUGAUACUGAUGAAAAUAUCGAUAAGUUUAGGAAAUUAGGUUCUAUUGGGGUUGAUAGUGACGAAGAGGAAUACGAUGAAGAGACAGCACCAAAAAGGCGACCACAACCUGCCACAACGCCAAAUGACGACCGUGAUAAGAAGAAGACUCAAAAAUUGUUAGAAAAUAGACGUAAAAGACAGAAAAGAGCAGCUGAAUUAUUGGAUAGGCGUGUGGAAUUGCCUUCAUUACAAGAACUAUGCAUUGAAAAAAUUGGAUCUAACAUUAGUAAGUGGAACGAUGAAGCCGACGAACAGGGCAAACAAGUUUAUGCAAAUAUCCGUACAGUGUUGGGUGGUAUAUCUACAGAUAAUUUGAACAAUCUAGGUAAAGCCUUAUGCAAGAAUAGAGCACUAAAUGAUCAAACUUUACAACUUUUCCUGAAGACCGAUCUGUCUGGUCUUGUUUUCCAUGACUGUUCAAGGGUUUCAUUUGAAGGCUAUAAGGCACUGGCAAUAUUUUGUCCCCAUUUAACAGAAAUUUCGUUACAAAUGUGCGGACAAUUGAACAAUGAAGCCCUGCUUUACAUGGCGGAGAAACUACCAAAUUUAAAAUCCGUAAAACUUGAUGGACCUUUCUUAAUCAAUGAAGCAACCUGGGAUCAAUUUUUUCAAUCCAUGUCUGGAAGGCUCGUCGAAUUUCACGUUUCCAAUACACAUAGAUUUACUGACAACUCCCUUAGCUCCCUCCUAAGACAUUGUGGUAAUCAUUUGGUCUCCUUGCACUUUUGCAGACUAGAUAGCGUUUCCAAUUAUGCACUUAUCCCACAAUAUUUGCAAAACCCACAGUUUCACACUUUAGGUAUUGAAUACCCUUACAACGAAGAAGAUGUUAGUGAUAUGGUCAUCCUGCAACUUCUUGAGCGAGUUGGUACCCAUUUACGCUAUCUAUCAUUAAAUGGUUGUGUAGAGUUAACGGAUAACGCGAUUGUCAAUGGACUAACAGUCUUCCUUCAGGGGAAUGAUCAACUAGAAUGUCUACAAUUGGAAGAGCUAGUAAAUAUCACCUCUGAUAGUUUGCUUUAUUUCUUCAAGACAGUACCAUUACCACACCUCUGUCGUUGUAGUUUAAAGCGUUGUACCAAAUUAACCGAUGAUGCUACUGUCGAGUUGCUAUUGAACUCAGCAAAGGAUAAACUAGAAGAUUUAAAUCUAAAUUCAUUGAUCAAUCUAACGCAGGGGACUUUUGAAAUUAUGAAUUGCCCGAAUCUGAAGCAUCUGGACGCAUCAUUUGUGCGCUGCGUCGAUGAUCACGUAGUGGCUACCGUGGGAUCUCAAAACCCAUCUCUCCAACUAAUGGAAGUAUUCGGAGACAAUCUAGUAUCUAACAAGGCUUCCAUAAGGGAGGGAUUAACACUGAUCGGCCGUCAGAGCGAUUCGAUCUGA